AUGGUUGGAACCGCUGCUGGCUGGGACCGCGGCUGGCUAGGAUCGCCGCUGGCUGGGACCGCCGCUGGCUGCUGGCUGGGACCGUUGCUGCCUGGGACUGCUGCUGGCUGGGACCGCUGCUCUCUGGGAGCGCUGUUGGCUGCUAGGCUGAGACCGCUGCUGGCUGCUGGCUGGGACCACUGCUGGCUGGGACGCUGCUGGCUGCUAGGUUGGACCGCUGCUGGGUGCUGGCUGGGACUGCUGCUGACUACUGGCUGGGACCAAUGCUGGAUGGGAGCGCUGUUGGUUGCUAGGCUAGGACCGCUGCUGCCUGCUGACUGGGACCGUUCCUGGUUGGGAGCGCUGUUGGCUCGUAGGCUAGAACCGCUGCUGGCUGCUGGCUGGGACUGCUGCUGGUUGGGACGCUGCUGGCUGCUAGGCUGGACCACUGCAGGCUGCUGGCUGGGACAGCUGCUGUCUGGGACUGCUGCUGGCUGGGACUGCUGCUGGCUGGGACCACUGUUGGCUGCUAGGCUGGCACCGCUGCUGGCCACUUGGCUGGGACCACUGCUGGGUGGGACGCUACUGCCGGCUAGGCUGCACCACUGUUGGCUGCAGUCUGGGACCGCUGCUGGCUGGGACCGCGGCUGGCUGGGACCGCUGUUGGAUGCUAGGAUGGGACUGCUGCUGGCUGCUGCCUGGGACCGCUGCUAG